AUGGUUCGAGAUGUUAGGGACUAUAUUCGCAACUGCGAGAUUUGCAAGACUACAAAAUCCCCAAAUGUAGUUCUUAAACCGCCAAUGGGUAACUUAGUCGAAACAUCUCGUCCAUUCCAGCGAUUAUACAUUGAUAUUUUAGGACCCUAUCCUAGGAGCAAAUCCGGAUACAUAGGAUUGCUUAUUGUAUUGGAUCAUCUAUCCAAAUUUCAUUGGAUUUGUCCUUUGCGGAAAUUUACUGCAACAGCAAUCCAAGAAUUUCUACAAAAGCAAAUCUUUCACGUAUAUGGGGUGCCGGAGUAUAUAGUAAGCGACAACGGAAGUCAGUUCCGAGCGAACGAAUUAAACGCAUUUUUUACAUCUCUGGGCAUUAAGCACAUUUACACGGCUUUAUAUUCGCCGCAAUCGAAUGCUUCAGAGCGUGUAAAUCGAUCGUUGAUCGCUGGCAUUAGAGCAUUCCUUAAAAAUGAUCACAAGCAAUGGGAUCAAAACUUGACGGCUAUUAGCUGUGCUCUGCGAAAUAGCGUACACCAAGCCAUAAAGUGCUCCCCCUACCAUGCCCUUUAUGGAUUUGACAUGGUAACACACGCCUCAUCCUACGAAUUGAUGCGAAAACUGAGGUUACUGAAUGAGCCUACCAUGAAUCUUCAGAGAGAUGACCAUUUGCAACUUAUUCGUCAAAAUUUGCGUAAGCAUAUUAAAGAAGCUUACGAGAAAAACCAAUGUACCUACAAUCUUCGAGCACGACAGAGAGCCUUUAACAUCGGCCAGGUUGUGUAUCAGAGAUUAAGCCCACAACAACAAAAACUUUCAACACAAUUGCCACAUGCUAAGGAACAGAAGGUACCCAGUUGUAUAAAGCUGAGCAAUCCACUCAUCAUUCCUGUCUCCAAAUCAAAUCUUGAGCGAACAACCGAAGCUUCAACAAAUUCCAGUCGAACUUAG